AUGGCGCUGGCGCCCAAGUCUGCCACCAGCAUUCAGGUGCGAUCAGAUGGCUUCUGGCGUUUGACACCGCCUCUGGCUUGGCAGCUGCCCCCCUCCGUGGACCAAUGGCAGCCCAUUGUCGGCCCGCACACCUACACCUUUUCCCUUGCCCUCCAAGUUGGUGCCGUGCGUGUUGCCGACCCGCCGCCGGGUCCUCAUCCUCAGCAGCAGCAGCAAUCCUUUAUUGGCAAGCAGACUAAACGAACCUUCGACGAUGUUGCACAAUCGGAGUCCAAAUUCCCCACUGGUGCCGACGGCGAGACAGUCACUCCCGCUAAAA